AUCUUUGAAUAUGUCCUUUUCAUUUUUAGAUAGUGAAUUCCUAAGAAGAAAAUAAUGAGCUGUCUAUUGGUUGCUCUUUAAGUGUUCAGACGCAAAGGUGUAUAGGUUUGCUGCCAAGGCCAAAGAAGAUGGCAACCCCUUAUGUCCCAGUUCCUAUGCCAAUUGGAAAUUCAGCUUCCAGCUUUACAAACAACCGAAAUCAACGGAGCUCUUCUUUUGGCAGUGUCUCGACAGGCUCAAACUCUUCCAAAGGCCCACUAGAAGACUCAAAUAUGGGUAACUUUAAGCAGACGAACGUUCAGGAUCAGAUGGACAGUACAUCACCGGCCUGUGGCAGUCCUCUCAUUAGGACUAAAUUUACAGGUACAGAUUCUUCCAUUGAAUAUUCUGCUAGACCAAGAGACACUGAAGAACAGCAUCCUGAUGCAGUGAAUUGGGAAGACAGACCUUCUACACCUACAAUUCUGGGUUAUGAAGUUAUGGAAGAGCGAGCCAAAUUUACCGUAUAUAAAAUACUAGUAAAGAAAACCCCAGAAGAAAGCUGGGUAGUUUUCAGAAGAUACACUGACUUCUCUAGGCUUAAUGACAAAUUAAAAGAGAUGUUUCCAGGCUUUCGAUUAGCACUUCCUCCAAAGCGCUGGUUUAAAGAUAAUUACAACGCAGACUUUUUAGAAGAUAGACAAUUAGGAUUACAAGCAUUUCUUCAAAACUUAGUAGCUCACAAGGACAUUGCUAACUGCCUUGCAGUGAGAGAAUUUCUUUGUCUGGAUGAUCCACCGGGUCCCUUUGAUAGCCUAGAAGAAAGCAGGGCUUUCUGUGAGACUUUGGAAGAGACUAACUACCAUUUACAGAGAGAGCUGCUUGAAAAGCAAAAGGAGGUGGAAUCCCUGAAGAAACUGCUUGGGGAGAAGCAACUCCAUAUAGAAACGUUAGAGAGCAGACUCAGAACACUGUCUUUAGAACCUGAGUCAUCACUGUAUGUGUCAGGAGCAGAAGGUGGACAGAUCCUCAGGGUGGAGUCCUCUGUACUUCAAGUCAAUCGGGAUGUCUUGGAUGAAGAAUCUAGAGCUGAUAAUAAGCCACACUUCAACUCUAGAGAAACCAGAAGUGCAAUAGCAGACAUAGAAGUUGCACAGUUGGCAUAUAAUGCUGAAGAUGACUAACACACUGGUGACAGAUCGUCCAUUUUGUCAUUUCAGCAGAUUUUCAGCAGAGUGGCAAAUACCACCCUAAAUGACUGCAACAGAAGAGAACAAGAAAGCACGUGUAUAAAGUUUACAUAAAGUUUUUUUUUUAAGUGAUCAGAAUAGGAACUAUAUUCACUGCUGCUUCUAACUGUCUUUUACCCAUCAUUGUAUUUACUACACUGAAGAAAAAAAACAAAACUAGUUAGAAUUGUUAUCAGGGCCCAUAUUCUUAAAUACAUUACAUAAAUUA